GAAAUCAUUGCAAUAAUUGCGUUCUUGUUUUGUAUCCCAGAAACAGCCUGCAAACUGACAGUCAAACCUUUUUAGCCACUGAUCUGAGAUCUAAUCUUUUUCUUAAAACACUUUUAUUACCCUCUUCUCAUCUCUCCAUCUGUCCCAUUUAUUUCGUUUUCUGAUCUCUCCAACCCAUUUGACUCGCACACCCCAAAACCAAGGCUGUGUGAAAUGAGCUCUUUUUUUCUUUGAUUAACAUGGAUUCACUGCUUCUCCAAGUAAACGGAAGAUUCUUCCCUUCGCCGCCACAGCUACAGCCUUACUAUCUUGAUGCACGGCCUCCUCCUUUUGCCCAGCCGAGUGGGUUCAACUUGGAGAACAAGGUGAGUCCAAGUAUACUCCUCAUCAUAAUCAUUCUAGCUAUCGUCUUCUUCGUCUCUGGUUUGCUUCAUCUUCUCGUGAGAUUCCUCUGGACUCCCCCAUUACAGAGAGACCCUGAAAGUUCAGACAAUGUGACUGCCUUUCAAGGUCAAUUACAGCAGCUCUUUCAUCUCCAUGACUCUGGGGUUGACCAGUCCUUCAUUGAUACACUUCCUGUUUUCCAUUACAAAGCCAUUAUUGGAUCCAAGUCCCCAUUUGAUUGCGCUGUUUGUCUAUGUGAGUUUGAGCCUGAGGACAAGCUCAGGCUGUUGCCUAAAUGCAGCCAUGCUUUUCACACAGAGUGUAUUGAUACAUGGCUUUUGUCUCACUCAACCUGCCCUCUUUGUCGAUCUAGUUUGCUACCGGAUCAUUUCUCUCCACAUACCAGUUGUGCGCCAAUUGUUCUUGUUCUUGAAUCUGGGAGUGAGAGCUCUAGAGAUAAUGUGUCGAACACAGAGGCUACAAAUCCGAUUACAGGGUCAAAUUCGCAAGUGGGUCUUGGUGGGGAUAGCGAAUUUGACGCUGGGUCGAGCGAGAUUGGGAAAUUAGAGGACGAAAAAGCAACUGUAGUGACUGUGAAGCUCGGAAAAUACAAAAGUAUCGAUGCUGGUGAAGGUGGAAGUAGCGAGAACAAGAAUAUGGAUUCUCGUAGGUGUUUUUCAAUGGGGUCUUUUGAAUAUGUAAUGGAGGAGAAUUCGUCGCUGAAAGUGGCCAUUAGAAGCACCCCGGCGAAAAAGCAGCCAAGCAGGAAGCCAGCUCUGCCAUUGACACCAGGUUACAGAGCAGCCAUGUCCGAAUGCGACUGCGAAUCCAGAAGAGAGUUCCGACUCAGUGGGAUCGAACCGUUUCGAGAAGUGAAAAGGGGCGAGAAUACUGAUAGGAAUUGCAAGAAAAUAGACAGUUUCUCAGUAUCGAAGAUUUGGCUAAGAGGAAAAAACCAGAGAGAAACGUCCACAGAAUCAUCAAGAAGGGCAGUUUCGUUUCGAUUUCCCAUUCAGAAGAAUGGUGGGGAUUGGAGUGGUUCAGAGAUGGGCGUUUCCAGAUGGGAAAAUGAAAUAAUCCGAAGUGAAACGGAAUUGGAUGAAGAAAACCAGAGUCGUUCCAGUUUCGAUUCUCAAUUCAAUCAAUCUUUCGCGAAGAGAACGUUGCUAUGGCUGAUGGGAAAACAAAACAAGGUUACUCACUUCGAAUCAUCGUCACCUUCAUCCUGUAUUUCAAAUCUCUAAUUCUUCUCUGUUAAAUUGUUAAAUUCCUUUCCUUCAAAUUCGAUUUGUUGUUCAGAUAGAUAUGAAAUCGAUUAAAGAAGUCUAAGCAAAAUAAUAAUAAUGGGGGCUGUUGAAUUUA